AACAUUGUUUGCUUGACGAGUUGACGCGCGCUAUAUGUCGUCGGUCGAUUUUAUUCUUCUAAAUCGUGCAUUUUUCAGAGUAUUUGCUCAAAUAAUUGGUAUUUAACAAAAAAUUGACCUAAUAAAUAGUUAAUUAACCAUGGCGGAUGUAUUGGAUAUCGAAAAUUCCGAAGAAUUUGAAGUCGACGAGGAUGGCGAACAGGGCAUUGCCAGAUUGAAGGAGAAGGCACGAAAACGCAAGGGACGUGGGUUUGGCAACGAAGGAGGCGGGGGCGUAGCCUCCGAACGCGGCAACAGAGGGAGAUACGAUAGUUUAGCCCCAGAAGGUGACGGCAACACGCCGGGCCCUCAGCGGUCGGUGGAGGGCUGGAUCCUGUUCGUCAGCAACGUGCAUGAGGAGGCACAGGAGGAGGAUAUACAGAAUCAAUUCUCAGAGUUUGGUGAGAUCAAGAAUAUACAUUUGAACUUGGAUCGACGCACGGGCUUCCUGAAGGGAUAUGCCCUCGUCGAGUACGAGACAUAUAAGCAGGCAGCUAGUGCCCGGGAAGCCCUAGAUGGUGCAGACAUCCUUGGCCAAGCGAUAUCCGUGGACUGGUGCUUCGUCAAAGGCCCCACCAAAGGACAUAAGAAGCGACGAUAGUCAAGACCUUUGAGGACUGUAUUAUACAAAGUUUAUGACGUCAUGGGUAUGGUUCAUGUGUAAGGUUUAUGAUUAUUAUUAUAUUAUAAAAGUGGCAUUAUCCAUAGUUUUCCAACAUAGAAACUAAUAUUUUUAAUUUGCACGAUUUUUAGUCUACAGCCAAAACCUCGUAAGACCAUUUUUACAAAAUCAUAUUCGGAUAUGAUUUUUAUUAACAAAACCUCGCAAUGGACACGCCACUUAUAAAAUCCGGGAUGAAUUAGUGUGCGAUUGGAUUUUUCGAGGGUUUGUUCAAGAUUUCACAUCAGACUGAUUUUGCGAAAAUGCGGCUUACGACAUUUUGACUAUAAGGCGGUGUACAGUUACUUAAUUGUAUUAAUGUCGAUUGUUCGGUGUUCCUUAGGCUAAAAUAAGAUAGGAAGUAGCUAUACCUAUAAGAAAUACAGUCAGUCAGGUUGUAGGUUUGUAACCAAAUCUAUAUUGACCUGGUUUAUUGGUCUGGUUUGGAAGGUCAGACAAGCUGUCGCUUCUGUAAAAAUACCGGACCUUUCAAAUCUUCAGGUAAGUAGAUGCUGUCAAUACGUCAACAGGAUAAUGGGAGACGAUGAAAAAAAAUUACACAAGUCAUACGUUUUUAAGUAUUACUUUAUAAAUAUACUUUAUAAAUAACCUUUACCCAUGAACAAUCGUAAACUUUUAUUAUUUGACUCAAUUUCUCACAUAUUUUAUACAGAAUUUUACAUUGCACUUUGUCGUAAGAAAAAUGGUAGGAUUUUAAUAUAUUUUUCAAUGUGGCAACACUAAGCUAAUGCUUUUAUUUUGAAAGGGACUAAAAAGUACAUAAAAUAAAAAAGUGAUUUGUAGAAUUCUGUUGCUAUACUUUACCUAGACUGUUAUGGUAAAACUAAUUAUAAGAUUCCUUUCUAUA